CAGUCAAACCUCAACCGGAUCGCGCCGAUUCCCAGGGGGCUUAGCGCCGUCGGGCCGGCUCCCAGCCAGUGCGCGCUCAGACUCCUGGGAAUUGUAGUACCCAUUCGGUCGGGGCUCGAACCAUGGCGGUGACUAAAGAGCUCUUACAAAUGGAUCUGUACGCGCUGCUUGGCAUUGAGGAGAAGGCGGCAGACAAAGAGGUGAAGAAGGCAUACAGACAAAAAGCACUUUCCUGCCACCCAGACAAAAAUCCAGACAACCCCAGAGCAGCGGAACUCUUCCACCAGCUUUCCCAGGCCUUGGAGGUGCUCACAGAUGCUGCGGCCAGAGCUGCAUAUGACAAGGUGAGGAAAGCCAAGAAGCAGGCAGCAGAGAGGACCCAGAGGCUCGAUGAGAAAAGGAAGAAGGUGAAGCUGGACCUGGAGGCCCGGGAGCGGCAGGCCCAGGCCCAGGGGAGUGAGGAAGAGGAGGAGAGCCGGAGCACCACAGCACUAGAGCAGGAGAUCGCACGCCUUCGAGAAGAGGGUUCCCGUCAGUUGGAGGAGCAGCAAAGGCUGAUCCAGGAGCAGAUCCGCCAGGACCGUGAGCAGAGGCUGCGAGGAAGAACAGAAAAUACUGAAGGCAAAGGAACCCCCAAACUAAAGCUAAAGUGGAAGUGCGGGAAGGAGGAUGAGUCCCAAGGUGGCUACUCCAGAGACGUCCUGCUGAGGCUUUUGCAAAAGUAUGGAGAGGUUCUCAACCUGGUACUUUCCAGAAAGAAGGCAGGCAACGCCAUAGUGGAGUUUGCAACUGUCAGGGCCGCGGAGCUGGCCGUCAGGAAUGAAGUGGGCCUGGCGGACAACCCUCUGAAGAUUUCCUGGUGAGGACAGCCCCAGGGCACAAUGGACUUGAGGGACACAGGAUUAUCAAAGGGCUCAGUGGUGUCAGAAAGGGACUAUGAGAGUCUUGUCAUGAUGCGCAUGCGCCAGGCAGCUGAGCGCCAGCAGCUGAUCGCCCAGAUGCAGCAGGAAGAUGAGGGGCAGCCCACGUAGCCCCGGCUCCGGCUCCCCCACCCCACACCCUUUUCUGAAUCAUCACCAAUAAACUUUUUAAAAAAAGUCUA